GUUUCAUCAUCUACAAACCAUUGGAAGCUUUUGUAAUAUUUGUUGCUUUUAACGCUAUCACGUCUUAAUUCAUUUGUGACCAGAAUACAUUUUCACUGCAUCCAUCUGAAGGAAAUUUCAAUCUUGUGCGAUUCUUAAAUUCAAAAACAUGAAGUGUCCAUCUCAUAUCAUAUUCAUUUUUGGUUCAUUUUGUCUUACGUUCUGUUUGGCUAUAUCAUUACCUGGUUUCCCUGACAUAAAAACAAUUGUAGACAAAACUGAGCAACGAGCGAGUAAAUUGAUUGAAAUUUCAAAAAUGUCUGUUGAGGCCAAAGCGAAAGCUCACCAAGCAAAGAGCUUGUUAUCUGGUCUUGCUCGGCAGUUGUUGCCUAAAAGAGUUGAAGGAGAGAAGCUGUUUUUACAGCGAAAUUGCAUCGCUCACAAAUUUUCAAGACAAUCUUUGAGCCAAUAUUAUAACAGUAUGGUGGAUCAUCCCUAUCAAUGUGAAACGCUUAGUAAUGGCACAGACACUUUCAGUCGUAUCAUUGGAUGUGAAACUGAGUCGAAGAAUUUCAUUUGUUACGGAAUCUCUAAGACUGAUCCAUUGCCUGAACCUGAUGAGGAUGGAAAUGCUUGUUAUGACGUUAAGAAUCCGUUGAUUCCUUCAAUCCUCAAUCUUCCAAAGUGCAAUUGUGAUUCCAUAUUUUAACUCGCAUAUUUCAUGUAAUCUCAUUUUCAGUCAUUUGCUUAUUUAUUUGUCUUUUUAUC